AUGCCCCAACUAGAUACAUCUACAUGAUUUAUUACAAUCUUAUCAAUAAUUCUAGCCCUUUUCUUUAUACUUCAACUCAAAAUCUCAAAUCACUAUUAUUCAUCUAAUCCCUCCUCUAAAGACAUUAAACUAGUCGAGCAUAAAACUCCUUGAGAAGAAAAAUGAACGAAAAUCUAUUCGCCUCUUUCAUUACCCCUACAUUAA